CGCAUAAUAGCCAACUUCAUGAUCCAGGGCGGCGAUCCCACCGGAACAGGCCGCGGCGGCACCUCCAUCUACGGCGACAAGUUCGCCGACGAGAUCCCCCUCCUCCCCGGGUCCACCACCCCAGAGCUCAAGCACACGGGCGCCGGGAUCCUCUCCAUGGCCAACUCUGGGCCCGACACGAAUGGGUCGCAGUUUUUUAUCACCCUGGCACCUGCGCCUUGGCUGGACGGGAAGCAUGCUGUCUUUGGGCGCGUCAGGGCGGGGAUGGGUGUUGUGCGGCGGAUGGGGCUGGUCAGGGUUGGCCCAGAGGAUCGACCGGUGGAGGAGGUGAAGAUCCUGCGGGCACGGGUGAUCGAGGAUGGGGAGGAGGUGUGAGAGGUUGGGGGGGGGGGGGGAAGGCGAGGAUAGCAGAUGGGUCGUUACGGCUACAUCAGCCCCCCUGGAUACAAGAUGCAGAGGCCGAGGAUGCUCGGCUCGCUGGUCAAGCGUAUGGCAUCAGAUGAGGAAGCUUCAGUGAAUGGUGGACUCUGCGGAGAGCAACACCUGAGACUUGUCCAUUGUGUGCUCUCAGAAAUCCCCUUCUCUGGCCGUCCUGGCGGGUAAUUUCCCAACACAGCGUGAUACUAUGUCCGUACAAGGUGCUUGUCAGGUAUCAUGUGCUC